AUGGCUGCUCUCCAACUCAGACCCAAACACAGAACCCUCCACAACCCUUCUCUCGUCAACCUCUUCUCAACCUCCCAAACCCCUCCUGAACCCACCCCCGCCGACCAGGCCCCGUCCUCCACCUCACCCCACCCUGCCCAAUCCCAAUCCCAAUCUCAAUCCUCCAUUUCCUCCUCUUUCUCUGACGUCAAAGCCAUCCUCAAACACCAGCAACAAGAAGGACCACGAAGACCCACGAACCCUUCAAACCCUCUGAACCCAUCUCUCUCCAAGCCUUCUAUAGUCGCUUCCCUCGAAGAAAUCCGCAAGAACCUCUCCAAGUUGCGCCUCCGAUCCUCGGUGCCUUCCCCCACCGAACCCAACUCUGCGUCUUCAACCUCAUCAUCAUCACAGCACAUCUCGUUUCAAGAGCUUUCCAAACGGAAUGCGACUGCGAAAGCCGACGAGAACGGCGCCAAUGCCGAAUCAGGCCCCGGAAAACUCGGCGGCAGGCUCCAGUUGGAAGCGAUUCGCGAGAAUCUGCGGCAGAUGCUGUCAUCGUCCCCGCCCGGGGCGGCGCAGAAUGAGAGGAGGAGUGCGGACCCGAUGUCAUUAUCGGAAUAUAAGAACAGUUUGAAGUUGAAGCCGUCGCCGGAGUCGGGUCCAGUGAUCGGUGGGAACGGUAUGCUGCCGGCAUCUGUGUUCGGGAAGGAGACGGAGAGGAAGGGAACGGAGGGGGAGACAACGGCGAUGAAGACGGAGUUUGUGAAGAUGUAUAGCUAUAACGAGUUGGGGAAGAAGGAAGAGGAGGCGCCGUUUUCGGCUGGGGAGUUCAAUGAGAGGCUGAUAAAGCUGAGGGAGAUGGAGGAGAAGGAGACCGAGUCGAGGAUCGGCCGGGUUUGGGUUAAAGAUUUGAAGGAGACUGUUGGUACAGUUUCCGGGUUUUCUCCCUGUCUCUUGGAAUGGCUAACUCCUAAAAAACCUGCAAAAACCGAGGGUUAA